GGUUAUUUCAGCUCAAUGCCUACCAAGACUGAUUUCAACUCGGCUCUUCAAGCGAGAGUGUCCUACCGCUGCUCAAGGUCUUCUCGAUACACAACAAAAUGUGGGUUUCUUGGUUGGGGACGCUGUACAAGAUACAGACAGACAUGGUCGACAUGCUACAAGACAGUGUGGAACGGUGGAUGGGCGAGUUACGGGCCAUGGAUCACGGAGAGCACCUGCACGCGCACAUGUGGAGGGGGAACAAUGAGGAGAUACCGCACACGUUUGUGCACCAACCCGAGACCUGCUAACGGCGGUUCCCAGUGCACUGGCUCCAGCAGAGAUACCCAGACGAUAAGCUGUAAUACACACGGCUGUAUAGUUGAUGGUGGAUGGAGUGACUACAGCGCGUGGACAGACUACAGCACGUGCACUACUACAUGUGGAGGAGGAUCCCAGUUCAAGACCAGAGACAGGACGUGCACCAACCCCGCCCCAGCCCACGGAGGCCAGGAGUGUGUCGGAGAUGUCAGGGACAGAUCUGAGAGGGACUGUAACACUCAUCCCUGCCCGAUUGACGGUGGCUGGACCGACUGGGAAGAGUGGCAGGACCUGGAUGAGUGCAGUGUCCUGUGUGGAGGAGGCAACAAGGACCAGGACCGCUCCAGGACCUGUACCAACCCCACCCCGGCCUUCGGGGGGGCCGACUGUGACGGAGAGAGCUUCCAGAACAGGACCAUCAACUGCAACACCGAGGAGUGUGGAGAUCGUUGUCCAGAAGAUGAGGCCACCUACCACGCCCACGCCACCAAUAAGAGACGCUUCUACCAGUGCAGCAAUGGCGUGGCCUAUCGCCAUCAGUGUGCAGAGGGUACCGUGUUUGACUCCGCCAUCUCCGCCUGCAAACAUGCUGCCACCACUGCAGCUCCCCAGACGGCGGAGUCCUGUCCCAGCACUGGUGUCGUCAUGAUCGCCCACGAGAGUGACUGUACCAAGUUCUACAUGUGCUUCAACAACAUCAAGUACCCCAUGGCCUGUCCGGCCACCACUCGGUACGAUGUCAAACUGAAGGUCUGCAUCCACAACACUGGCGGAUGUUAGAUACAGAAAUUAAAAACUCAUGUUUA